AUGGACUAUGCCCUUUGUGAGGCUGCCCACCACAACAUGGAAGGCAUAACCAGGGCGGUCACCUUCUAUGAUAUCAACUGUCAAUACAACAAACACUUUCGGGCUCGGGUGGAUCGAAGCCGAUUUCUCGAAAUGGUUCCAGAAUUGACCAUCAUUCCCGGAAUCGGGUUGUGGCACAUACACGGACAUCAGGACAGCUGCUACGUCCGAUAUGCGUCGAAUUUUAUUGAAGGCAUCGGUCGGAUCGAUGGAGAGAUCAUGGAGACCCUAUGGUCACGUCUUAACCUGAUUUCUCCUGCUGCCCGUGGAAUGUCCCCCGCAUCGAAAGGAAUGUCUCGAUUAUCAGAUGAACGAUUCCAAUUUUGCAAGAUGAUCCGCAUGAAAAGGACCCUUUCCCGUAAAUACAAGCAGGCGAAGAAUGGCAUCGCCGAAAGCGAAAAGGCUUUCGAGAGACUUGACGAAGCCGCACCCGGCGAUUCAAAGACAGAAUGGUUAGCCAGCGAGAGCAUCGCUCAGUCCAGCAGAAUAAAUGAUCCUUCGGCUAUGGAUGUAUAUGAGAUCAAUAUCAAGAAGGCACCGAGCAAAAAGGAGAUCGAGCUUAGACUACUGGAGGAGGGUAAUGCCCGAAAUGCAGCGCCUGCUCGUAGAUCUGUGGCGACAUGGAUAUCAAUGGGGUUGGCGAUUGAAGAAGCUCAAAUCGCAUUGCUCAUCGAGAUCCGAAGAAUUGGUAGAAGAACUACCGAGACACAGAGGUUAGACAUCGCCCGGCAACGUGAUCGUCUCCAAGGACAGAUAGAUGGAUUCACUCGGUCUGCUAUCACUCAUCUCGGAGAGGGAUUUGAUGCAGAUGACGAUCCUGAUGACUUGAACGUAGACAUUCUCGAUGAUCUCGAUGAUGACUCGACAGACUUCACAGAGACAUCUGACACGUGGGCGAACUCCCCCGAGCUCACUGUAAUCCCAUUGCCAUCAAACCUUGGGGUAGAUCGAUGCAGACACUGCAUGGCAGAGGAUCUCAUUCCGCUGGAGUUGUCCCUUCGUGAAGGGCAGGCCAACGACUCCCUUCACAACCUCCGAAUUCACUUGUGCAACAAGGCGAUUCUGUUCCGAACGACAGUUAGGCAAGCGAAAUCCCAGGCCCUAAAAACUCGAGCUUGGUCCCAGGUGACGUCCGUGCAGCAGGCAGUGUCCCUGCAUGCAAGUAUAUAUAAGACAAGGAAGCAAAUGAUGCAACUUGAGCCGAGCGAAGACCAGGUGCAGAAAUACAAACCCCUGCUUCGCGAGCAGCUCAAAAUCAGCACUGCCGUCGGCGAUCCAAAUGCCCGAGGUCAGCGAAACGAGUCCCUCGCUUGGUUCUGGUCUGUCGAAGUUGACCUGGGGGUCCUGAUCAGUCGUGGAAUCAGGAAUCUGACGGACCCAUGUGAAGUUUACCGAGUGCAUUGGCUUCGGGCAAAGGCCCUACGAGAUAGAUGGAAGGAAGAAAUGAUGUUGGUUGAAUUGGAGAUGGAUUGGACAUACAACUUUUUCUUGUGGAAAGCAACCCAAUGGGGUGACAGGAUGCGCGAGUCAUUGGUGAAACACCUUCCGGGUCAUGCAUGCUACUCGGGAAGGCAAUCCCAAAUGUAUUCAUUGCUGGCACAGGAUGCCCAGGCAGCAUUUCAAGACCUGAAGGGCGGCAUGUCUGUAGUGCAUCCUCCCCCUGCAUCAUCUUCUCAUUCUCAGAAUUCCGGCAAAGGGUUCAAACCCCUCACACUCACUCAGGCAGAUCUUGCAGCUACAAUGGCAAUGGCUGGAUCUCGGAUCCGAGCCUGCAUAUCUCAAUAUCAGAUGGAGGCUGCCCACACCAAGGAGCCUUCUGCUGCUCGGAUCAUGCACUUCAAAGCCGGGCUGCAAUGGGAGAUAUCCACUUUUGUGACUCCCAUCCUGCAGUACUCAACUGCCAGGCACAUCAUUUUGGUUGUUCCAAGCCCGGUCACUCAUAUUCUUCUGUUGAUUCCCGAGCUCACCUGGAACAUGGUUCCGGACGACGUCUUUUCAUCCCACCUGUGCGAGUUUCAUGAUGAUUCAGAUCUGGGGGAUCCCUCCCGGAUUGUAUCAUGCUAUGGAGCUCAAUGGUGGACCGGGACAACUGAAAUCCCACAGGAAGUAUGGGAAUGGGAUCUGUCAGGAGUUGAGAAUGAACGUAUUGUUGUUCCCGAGAAGGUGGCUGACACCUCGGUUGCAUCACUGAAGGCACUGAGGUGGAUGAGAGAACGCCUCCUGACAGUGAUUCAGGAUCAACAAGAUGGCAUCCGCGAAAAGAUGGCUGAGAUUGAGAUGUACACAGCCGUCCUAACCAAAUUGAAGCCUAGGGGACCGGAGUAGUUGUAGUCCUUCAGUUCAGAAUGAAGUCUAAAUUCUGUAUAAAAUGCACUUACGG